GAGGGGGCGGGCGGGGAGCAGCAGCGGCGGCGGCGGCCAUGGGCGAGACCGAGAGGCUUUAUUAUGUGUACAGCUGCGACCUGGACAUCAACGUGCAGCUGAAGAUAGGAAGUCUGGAAGGGAAAAGAGAACAGAAAAGCUACAAAGCUCUCCUAGAAGAUCCAAUGCUGAAGUUCUCAGGACUUUACCAAGAGACUUGCUCUGACUUGUAUGUAACUUGUCAGGUGUUUGCAGAGGGGAAGCCGCUUGCUCUUCCAGUUAGAACUUCCUACAAGGCUUUUAGUACUAGAUGGAACUGGAACGAGUGGCUGAAACUGCCUGUGAAGUAUCCAGACUUGCCUCGAAAUGCUCAGGUGGCUCUGACCAUCUGGGAUGUGUAUGGACCUGGUAAAGCUGUUCCUGUGGGAGGAACAACAGUCUCGCUCUUCGGAAAAUAUGGUAUGUUUCGACAAGGAAUGCAUGACUUGAAAGUCUGGCCCAAUGUAGAAGCUGAUGGCUCUGAGCCCACCAAAACUCCUGGGAGAACCAGCAGUACAGUCUCUGAAGAUCAAAUGAGCCGCUUGGCAAAGCUCACCAAGUCUCAUCGGCAAGGUCACAUGGUGAAAGUGGAUUGGCUGGACAGACUCACCUUUAGAGAAAUAGAAAUGAUCAAUGAGAGGGAAAAACGAAGCUCCAAUUUUAUGUACCUGAUGAUUGAAUUCCGUUGUGUCAAGUGUGAUGAUAAAGAAUAUGGAAUAGUUUACUACGAAAAGGAUGGUGAUGAGUCAUCUCCAAUUUUAACAAGUCCUGAAAUUGUUAAGAUUCCAGAUCCCCAGAUGUCUAUGGAGAACUUAGUAGAAAGCAAACAUCACAAACUUGCUCGAAGUUUAAGAAGUGGACCUUCUGAUCAUGACCUGAAGCCUAAUGCAACUACACGAGACCAGCUUAAUAUCAUAGUGAGUUAUCCACCAACAAAGCAACUAACGUAUGAGGAACAGGAUUUGGUGUGGAAAUUCAGAUAUUACCUUACUCAUCAGGAGAAGGCCUUGACAAAGUUCCUGAAGUGUGUCAACUGGGAUCUACCACAGGAGGCAAAGCAAGCACUAGAGCUGCUGGGCAAAUGGAAGCCCAUGGAUGUGGAAGACUCUCUGGAGCUUCUGUCAUCUCACUUCACCAACCCAACGGUUCGGCGCUAUGCUGUUGCCAGGCUUCAGCAGGCUGAUGAUGAGGAUUUGCUGAUGUACCUGCUACAGUUAGUCCAAGCAUUGAAAUAUGAAAACUUUGAUGACAUAAAGAAUGGCCUGGAGCCUAGCAAGAGGGACAGUCAAGGUUCCAUGUCAGAAACUAUGACAACAUCUGCAUCUAAUGCUCCAGAAAUAGACAGUUCCCAGAUUAUGAGUCCUAUUCCACCUGUUUCCUCUCCACCUCUUACUUCUAAGACGAAAGAGCUUGCAGAAAAUGAAAACCUUGAUCAAGACCUUUGCACUUUCUUGAUAUCACGGGCAUGCAAAAAUUCCACGUUGGCAAACUACUUGUACUGGUAUGUAAUAGUGGAGUGUGAAGACCAAGAUACUCAGCAGAGGGACCCAAAGACUCAUGAAAUGUACUUAAACGUGAUGAGAAGAUUCAGUCAGGCUUUGCUGAAGGGUGAUAAGUCCGUCAGAGUUAUGCGCUCGCUUUUGGCAGCCCAGCAGACAUUUGUAGAUCGGUUGGUUCAUGUAAUGAAGGCAGUGCAGCGUGAAAGUGGGAAUCGUAAGAAAAAGAAUGAGAGGCUUCAGGCAUUGUUAGCUGAUAAUGAAAAGAUGAAUUUAGCAGAUAUGGAACUUAUUCCACUUCCUCUGGAACCUCAGGUGAAAAUUAAAGGAAUAAUCCCUGAAAAAGCCACACUCUUCAAGAGUGCCUUAAUGCCUGCUCAGUUAUUCUUCAAGACAGAAGAUGGAGGCAAAUAUCCUGUAAUUUUUAAGCAUGGCGAUGAUUUACGUCAAGAUCAACUUAUUCUUCAGAUUAUUUCACUCAUGGAUAAGCUGUUAAGAAAAGAGAAUCUGGAUUUGAAGCUGACACCCUAUAAAGUGCUGGCAACUAGUACAAAACAUGGCUUCAUGCAGUUUAUUCCAUCAGUACCAGUUGCAGAAGUUCUUGCUACUGAGGAAACUAUACAGAACUUCUUCAGAAAAUAUGCCCCUAGUGAGACUGGCCCUCAUGGAAUCAGUGCAGAGGUGAUGGACACGUAUGUUAAGAGCUGUGCUGGUUAUUGUGUGAUUACUUACAUCCUUGGAGUUGGAGAUAGACAUCUGGAUAAUCUGUUGCUAACAAAAACAGGUAAACUGUUUCACAUUGACUUUGGUUAUAUUUUGGGCCGGGACCCCAAGCCCCUUCCUCCCCCAAUGAAGCUGAACAAAGAGAUGGUGGAAGGCAUGGGAGGCACCCAGAGUGAGCAGUACCAGGAGUUCCGUAAGCAGUGCUACACAGCCUUUCUCCACCUCCGCAGGUAUUCCAACUUGAUCUUGAAUUUAUUUUCCCUCAUGGUUGAUGCCAACAUUCCAGAUAUUGCUCUUGAACCUGACAAGACUGUAAAAAAGGUGCAGGACAAGUUUCGUUUGGACCUGUCUGAUGAAGAAGCUGUCCAUUAUAUGCAGAGUCUAAUUGAUGAGAGUGUCCAUGCCCUCUUUGCAGCUGUCGUGGAGCAGAUACACAAAUUUGCACAGUAUUGGAGAAAAUAAGCUUUUUGCCUGCUCUUGGUGGAAAUAAGCAAAUGCUCAAAACAGAGACUUUCUCAAGCCCUUGUAGACUUCACCAAACAGUUUUGGAAGGCAAAAGCUGCAGAUUUAAUGGAGUGAAGAACUGAGAACUCAGAAAGUAGAGAAGCUUUUUGAAUCUCUGUUCAUUAAAGGUUUAAAACCAACCAUUUUUUAAAGGAAGAUGACUGUUUGUACCAUCCUUGGGAGCAUCAAAGGUUGAAGUAAGCAACUUCCUCUCAAGCCAAAGAUAACUGGAAGAGGUUGGAUUUAAUGGUGAAUUCUUGUACGUGUUAAUAUAUUUUCUUAUUUAAAAAUAGAAGUAGAUAGAAAGCUAAAGCAGGGAGGCUACAGUUUCUCGGUGCAGAAAAACCCCUCACAAAACUAUUAAAGACUAAUCCCCUUUCAUCCCUCCCCACCCACUUUGUUCCUUGAGUAAGUUUUUAAUGUAAUUCUUAUGAUCCUUUAUUUCCUGCCUUAGGCAAUGUUAUCGUUUAGAACGGACAAUCAUUUCUUGCCUGCUUACAAGUGUUUUUAAGUGCUGAUAAGUUACCCCAGCUGUAGGCAGCAAAUUAAAUGAUCACUAACAGGCUCAGCAACGGGAAUGCACAGUGAGCAGUUCAGUAUUUCACACUUUAACUCUAAAUGUUUUCUGUACAGUGAUUAUAUACUCUUCACUCUAAUAAAAACCUUUGUUGUUGCAGUCUUGAGG